ACAGGGCACAUGAGAAAGACCUCGGGUUAGCCCAGGCACUCUUUCCUUGUGGCGUUGUGAGACAUCACGCGUGAAAACAUGCUGGUCAUGUGAAAGCAAUCGUGCUUAUUGGACCUCCCCAUAUAAUUCGCCGCUCAUCUUACCCGUGACCACCUAAAUUCCAGAAGGUUUCUCGUUACUCCCAAUUUUGUCCACCUUGUCACCCAAAGCUAGACGAGUCCCUUUUUCAUUGCUAAUUAGUUGGGGGGGCGCGCGUGAGAGUAUUUGUCUAAAGCGCGCCCGACGAUUUGACAGCGAGCCUGGCGCGCGAGCACUACGAAAUCGCUUUGCCACCGGUUUGGCCGCUUCGACAUUUUACAACCUCCUCUUCAACUACCCUCCUGGUCCUUUUCCUCGCAUCACGAGAGAGGGCGAGAGAAGACGACGUGCGUAAGGGAAACAGACUGCCUAAUCGGAGGCGGUGGUAUGACAGAUCUUUGCUUUGGGAUAUCGUAGCCUACAUGCCGAGAGAACUGCGAGGCUGAGCAGUGAAUAAUUGGUUAAUUAGCUGUUAGUAGUGUUGUUUGUGUAGGGCUCAAAAACUGAUACCAACGAAGAUCACGAAGGCACCUUCAUAACAAGCUCGCCUGAUUGGCCGCGGAGCUAUCUCGCACCGAUUCCGGGACAGGAGAUACACCAUACACGCAGAAGAUGGAGGGGAUGGCAUACGGAGCGGGGAAGGCAGGAGGAGCCUUCGACCCCAUCACAUUCGUCCAGCAGCCUCAUACCAUUCUCCGAAUAGUGUCUUGGCUUUUCGCCAUCGUCAUCUUCGGCAGCAUCGCCAACGAGGGCUAUGUGAACCGGCCCGACGAGGCGGAGGAGUACUGCAUCUUCAACCGCAACCAGAACGCCUGCAACUACGCGGUGGGCAUGGGCACGAUGGCCUUCCUCUGUUGCCUGGGUUUCCUGGCCCUCGACGUCUACUUCCCCCAGAUCAGCAGCGUCAAGGACCGCAAGAAGGCUGUGCUGGCUGAUGUCGGCGUCUCCGCCUUCUGGGCCUUCAUGUGGUUCGUGGGCUUCUGUCUGCUGGCCAACCAGUGGCAGGUGUCCAAGCACGAGGACAACCCCCUCAGGGAGGGAGGGGACGCGGCGCGGGCCGCCAUCACCUUCUCCUUCUUCUCCAUCUUCACCUGGGCGGCUCUGUCCUUCCUGGCCUACAAGCGCUAUCUCCUGGGCGCCGACUCCGCACUCUUCUCCACCGAGUACACCGACCCCAGCCAGGACGUGGCCGCCGCCCCCUACAGCGCUUUCUCCGCCGGCGACGGCGACCUGGGCAGUCCCGGCGGCGGCGGUGGCUCUGGCUCCUACCAGCAGACCAACGCCACCGACGCCUUUGACGGCUCGGCGGGCUACCAACGCCAGGACUACUGAUUCUCCGGCCCAGGGUGUGUUGGUGAUGGUUUGAUUAAUUGAAUGGUUUUUGCUAUGAGCUGAUCCAAUCACUUGACAUAUCCUCAUUAGCAAUUCACCUAACCCAAUCAAAAUCCAAUGUAGAGUAAUCGGACCCGUAUGAGCUCAUUAAAAUUGUGUGAAAUCAUGGCACCAGUCUAGGUAGUUUUAAGGAUGCCUGUGCCAUCAGAUGUGGCCACAGCAACUUGCCCUCAGCCCUGAGAAACACCUGUGCUUGGGUUACAUCCUGCUGAAGCGGAGUCAGGGACGGAACUGGUCAUAUUACUCACACACACACACACACACACACACACACACACACACCCACACACACACACACACACACAAUGAGACCACAAUGUUAUAAUUUCAAGCUCAUGCUAUGGCUUCCAUUUGUGUGUGUGUGUGUGUGUGUGGGAGAGGGUCAUAUGUGUGAGUGUGAAAGUGUUCUGCUGUGUGUGUGUGUGUAGUCUCAGUGUAAUUGUGGACCCUUUGAUUUUUUGCCUUUAGCUCACAAUCCCCUGUCUGCCCAGUCUUACAGCACAGGCCAGAAGACACCCACGGCCUGACCCAUGCAAACCCUAAGUUCUAACAUAGAUGAGUAAGCCAAAACACGUUUAAUAUUAGCUACAGGACUGCCAUGUUUGGGAGGUAGUGAGUUUGUUUGUUUAUGAUGUGGAGCAUCAUAUGAAUACCCAGAUAUCUUUGCAUAGUUGUGCAUUCACUUCAACAAGAAGAAGAUUUAGAAGAUUUGUCAUGAAGUGUCAUGAUAUGCAUGUGGUUGAUAUUUCUUCCCAUUCCACAUCUGAUUGUCAGCAGAAUUAAGGUGGCUUAACAUCACUGCAUUGUAUCUGUUACUCUAAGCACCGUCAUGUAUGUGUGUGCAGACGUCUGAACAUAUCUGUAUAUCAAAGUGUGUGUGUGUGUCUGGGUUUGUUAGGAUGACCUGACUGCCAAAUGCUUCUCACCACCACAGGCCUUGAGUGCUGACUGCCAAUCGUCCAACUACCACACACCCAACCUAGGCUAGGCCUUCAGCGAUGGGACUCUAACUGUCUUUUGGGAGUCUUUUAUCAAAUAAUUACCAUCCCAGCACACCCCAAACCGGUGCUUGAGACAGAAAAGCUAAAAUGCUAGUAAAGGAUUCUUGCCAUUAGCAAUGUAUUUUUGAAAAAAUAAAUAAAAACAAUUCUGUAAAUAGCUAUGUAGGUGACAUUAAACACUCACACACAACUGCCUCCUACAUCCUAAUACAUUUCAAAUGAACAAUUAUUUUUAAAACUAGUUUUAUUUUCCUUCAUCUGUUCACCAAACGAUCUCAAAGUCAGAUGUGUGUCUUAGAUAGCUUGAGCAAUGCGACUGUGAUUUGCCUCGGCUACGGUCCCGUGAUGAACUGAAAGCGAACUUUCUCACUUCUCCGUUGUUCAGCGCGUCUGUGUGAUUCAACAGUGUAUGUACAUACAUAUAAAUACAUGCUGUUUACACAGAUUCUGAAUUGUAUGUAUAUGAAGUCAACUCCAAAAUGAUUGGGAUUGGGGAUAAAAAAUGAGAAAAAGGUAAUUAAGGACUAAUUUACAAGAGAAGAAAAUGUAAUUCUGCAUGUUUGCAAGAUGAAUGUUUGCUACAUAGGUCAUGAAUGCUCAACAUUAAGUAAUAGAGCUCUAUGUUAGUGGACUAUUUGAAAUUGCAAUGGAGUAAAAAAAAAAAAGAUUAACCAGUAGGUGUCACUAAAUGUCGAUUUGUAUACUAGAUUAUUUCUGCAAUUCAAACAAUAAGAAUUUGUUAACACAAUAAAUUCUCUUUUGAGACUCAUGGAUUAAGCCAAUCAUUCAGGAGAUGACUGCAUAUGUGAGGCUGUAACUAUCUGUCUGAGUACUGGGAAGAAAAUGGAAACGUUUUUGGGGCAUUAUAGUUAAUAGUUCUGUACAAACAUGUCUUACUCCGUAUGGUGCGCAUUGUGUUGACUAUCCUACCCCACAGUCUUUCCCCUUGACUCGGGCGGUUAGUGUUGUUUUUUUGGAAUAAUUAUAAAACGUAUAAUAUUGCUAUACAAACGUGUCCAAUAAACAACUGUAUUUAGACAAGUGUAAGAUUGUGUGUUUCCAUGUGUGAAAAUAAAAUAAAAAACAAAUAAAACAAAAA